GAGUAUCUGAGGAAAUUCUACGACAUGGGUGACGUGUUUGCACAUGGCAACUUUCGUAGUGUCAGCCAGCUCUCUCUGAAGGUGAGUGAGAUGCAGCAGUUUUUUGGACUCAAGGUGACAGGAAAAUUGGACUCAGAGACUUUGGACGUGAUGAAGAAGCCCCGCUGUGGAGUCCCUGAUGUUGCAGCCUACUCCACCUCCCCAGGAAACAUAAAAUGGAAAAAGAAUAGACUGACGUACAGGAUCGAGAACUACACUCCUGAUCUGUCAGUGGCCGAGGUGGACAACGCCAUCGCUAAAGCGCUGCAGGUCUGGGCUGAUGUCACCCCACUGAGGUUCACACGCAUUUACAGCGGCGUCGCCGACAUCAUGAUCUCCUUCACUCGUGGAGCCCAUGGUGAUGGUUCUCCUUUUGAUGGACCUGGUAACACCCUGGCUCACGCUUUUGGUCCGGCUGCCGGGAUUGGUGGAGAUGCUCAUUUUGACGAGGAUGAGACUUUCACCUCCGGAACCUCUAAUGACUACAACCUGUUCUUGGUGGCUGCCCAUGAGUUUGGUCACUCAUUGGGCCUGGGCCAUUCCAAAGUCCCUGGUGCUCUGAUGUACCCUGUCUACAGCUACACCGACCCAAGCAGCUACUCCCUACCCCAGGACGAUAUCAGUGGAAUACAGUCUCUUUAUGGCCCAAACCCGGAUGAACCUGAGAAACCUCGGCCCACACCCCCCACCACACCCAAUGCCUGUGAUCCAAACCUGGUUUUGGAUGCUGUGGCAACUCUCCGUGGAGAGCUAAUGUUUUUCAAAGACAGGAUCUUCUGGCGUAGCGACCCCUGGAGCAACACGCCACAACAGUACCUCAUCCGUCACUUUUGGACUGAUGCCCCCGUUGAUAUUGAUGCAGCUUAUGAGAGUCCAAGAGAAGACAGAGUGUUUCUCUUCAAAGGUCAGAAGAUCUGGGCUAUAAACGGUUAUGACGUUGCAAGAGGGUACCCCAAAAGCCUGAGCAGCAUGGGUUUGCCAGAAUCUGUGAAGAGAAUCACUGCUGCUCUCUAUGAUCAAGCCACUGGAAAAAUAUAUUUAUUUGUCGACAAGAUGUACUACAGGUAUGAUGAGCAAACCAGCACAAUCGAUGAGGGUUACCCCAAACCAGUGGAGGACGGUUUCCCAGGCGUGGCUGGAAAAGUCACUGCUGCCUUCCAGUUCAGAGGUUUUACCUACAUUUACAGCGGAUCAGUCAUCUAUGAGUUCAGUCUCCCAACCAAGAGAUUCUUCCGUUUGCUGAAUAACAACUAUUUCUUGCCUUGUUAG